GGCUGCAGGUCGCUGCAGCUGCAGGUCGCGCAGACGGCGCAGCGCAGAUCCUGAGGAUCCAAAAGCCGGACUCGACGGUGGCUGAUCCAUUAUGAACUGUCAUGGCUCGUGUUUAAAUGUCAAUCGAAAACGAAUAUCGUAAGACAGUGACAAAUCCGACGCGUUUUGUCUUUAAUAAUGGCUGCGAAAGAAGAUGCCACCAUUGACGACGGUAUCGCCGAGCCCGGCAUUGAACCAGGCGCCUCCACCGAAACAAUGCUCGUCACUACGGACAGUUUCGAAGAGUACGAACAAGAGAUGAGCAGUAGCAUUGACGAUAAACAGAUGAAGGAAAGCACAACGAGUACUAUCUCGGAGAUUCAAGAAGAGGUUCAAGACAUUCCAACAAUGCCCACCGUGCCCAAUCAACGGGAUCUUCAAAAAACGGAUUCUCUCGAAGAUAAUGAAGCAGAUGAUAUUACUCAUCGAUUCGGUCAAAAUAAAGUAGAUUCUGAUCCUUUACGAUGCAAGGCAUGGCUAGCACAAAAGAAACAUAUAUUCAUUUUAAGCCAAGCAGGGAAACCCAUAUAUUCCAGAUAUAGUUCAGAAGAUAAACUAGUCACAGUUAUGGGUGUUAUGCAAGCUCUGGUUUCAUUCGUUCAAGCAGGCAGUGAUAUGAUUAGAUCUGUCCAUGCCGGAGACACCAAUUUCGUAUUUGUCGUCAAAGGUCCAUUGAUUUUAGUUGCCGUCUCAAAAACUCUCGAAAGUGUACCUCAGCUCACAUUACAAUUAACAUAUGUAUAUAACCAAAUAGUUUCUGUGCUGACGCAGUCGCAGUUAACUAGAGUGUACGAUCAACGUAGAAAUUUUGAUUUAAGGAGAUUGUUAACUGGUAGUGAAAGGCUGAUAGAUCAUCUGUUAAACUUUAUGGACAGAGAGCCAGCAUUCUUUUUAGGAGCUAUCAAGUGUUUGCCUUUACUACCGUCGAUGAGGAGUUCCAUCACGCAGACGAUUAUUCAAACCUGCGGUAAAAUCAAGAAUUUAGUGUUUGCAAUACUUCUAGCUAACAACCAACUAGUGACAUUAGUCAGAAUGAACAAAUUCUUUUUACACCCGGUGGACCUGCACAUAAUACAAAAUUUGGUCGACAGUUCAGAGUCGCUUAAGACUGCUGAGAGCUGGACACCGAUAUGCUUACCAAAGUUUGACGCCAAUGGUUACAUGCACGGACACGUGUCUUACUUAGCCGAGGAUUGUCAGGCAUGUUUGCUGUUGCUCACUGUCGACAGGGACGUGUUUUUCGUUCUCUCUGAAGCGAAGCAAAAAAUUGUAGAAAAAUUGAGGCGAACAAAUUGUUUAGAAGCGAUCAACGAGUCGAUGAAUAAACCGCCAAUUAAAACUGCUGACAUCGGCUUACCAGAGAUGAGACACGUGUUGUACAAGUGCAGAAGCACCGCACAGUUUUGGAGUCCCGGGUUUCAACCACCGUACACGACGGACGAGGAAAUAGAACGAUUAUUGGGACUUUACCAGUGUUUACACCAUAGGCUGCACAGUCCCAAUCGACCAUUAAAACUUAUAUUCCAGCAACUGGAUAAAGAAACUAUGUUGGCAUGGGUAACAUUGGGUUUCGAACUGUAUGUUACAUUUGAACCUCUGGUAACAAAACCUGAUGCGAUCGAGGCAGUGAGUAAAUUACUGAAAUGGAUAAAAAAGGAGGAAGAAAAAUUGUUUAUUUUGAAUUCGCCCACAUUUUAGACAUCGAUCCUAAUUAGUUUUACGAAAUGCCGUGGAAUACAUCAUUCGAUAGCUAAGAUAAGGGAAAUGUUGCAUUCAGAAUAAGUGCAUUCACGUGUUUCUCGUGCAGUAAUACUAUACAUGGCUCACUAUUUUUAAUUAUGGAAAGAACUAUAAAAUAGGAUAUACAUAUAUAGUGACUCCCAUUAAUAUU